UGCAAAAUAUACCCUGACCUCGGAUCUAACUCGGUGUCAAGACCCGACUUGAUGACACCAUGAGGCUAUUUCAAUACCCACCAUCACCUGGUCUGAAACCCGAUGGGCCUUGACCCGACCGAUCUCUUGCCACCCUUAGCUAUUCACCCAAUUUCCAACAUCCGACCUUUGCCUUCAGUUCCCGCCCAGAGCCCCCAAACCGCUCCUCUUCGCCGCCGCCUGCCCUUCCGCAUGGACGCCGCAGACGGGAGACGCGCCGUCUCGCCGCUGGACGCCGUGGCCGCCGCCUUCCAGUCCCGUGUCACCGAGCUGCAGGACCUCGUUCUCGCCCGCAACAUGUUCCCGGCGACGGCGUUGGCUGACCUCGCUUCCGUUGACGCGUCGGUGACGGCGAUGGAGUCACAGGUGCAGGCCAUCCGCCGCUGCCUCCAGGAGGAGCUUGACGCCAUCCCCAAGGCCAAGAAGCUAGUUGAGCGGUCCUUGAAGCAGCAGGAGAAGCUCCAGCGCAUGCUUGCAAACUUACCUUCUGGGAUGCGGGAGGAUGUCUUUGCUACCCCUCUGGAAAAGAACUCAUCAAAGAUGCCGUCUGAGUGCUUCACUUUCAACUCAGCUGUUACAAAAGUUAUUGAUCAUGAUUUAAAGAGUAAGGAGGAGCUGGUUGCAGCUCCCAAGAAAGGAAGAGAACCCGCACCUCGUUUGUACAUCUCGGCUGAGGAGCUUGAGUCAUUGUCAUCCUACAUGAGGGGGAGACUGACUAUGGAAAAGGUUAACAUUGCAAUAAAUGAGGUAGCUAGUUAUGCAGAUGCCAAUGCUCAUCUUGUUGCAUGCCCUAAGAAAAAGUUGUCAGAAGAUACAUGGGAAAAAGCUUUGGAACUGAGGGACAUUGCUGCAACCGAGGCAGUAAAAGGGAAGCAUUUCUUCCUGGAAGCUGACAUAAAGGGCCCUGGUCUAAAACUUGACAAUACUGGCAAAGCUAUUCUUACUGUCCUCCGUCAUCUUGGUCGCAUCCAUGAAACUCGGAUCGGGCACCAUCGGGUCUUCAUACUCUCGAAGCAGACCUGAAGAUCCCCACAUCAGAUUAGAUGCGGCGUACAUUUCCCAGAGCACAUCCUCGUUAGCAGAGCACUCGUGUGCACGUGGGCGUUACACAGAUGCCUGGAUCAAUGUGAUGUUUCCUAGAUUAUGUGGGACAGAUUCCUGGAGCAGUGUGAUGUUUCCUAGAUUAUGUGCAAUCAUGUGCAGAGUGUUGCAGGUUGGCAGAGCAUCAGGUCCCUGAUUGCCUUGUAGCUGCCUUCCAUGGGCUCCUUAUAAUCUUCUCUUGCAAGCGAGGAUUGAGCACUAUCCAAGUUUUAUAGCAGCAGAAGAAACGGGUUGCCUGUUUGUUAGAAGAAAAGUGGAGAGAAUGAGAGCAAAAGUUUUUAUUUUUUAUUUUUUUCGUGUGCUCAUUUGGCAGGCUGCUUCCUUCAGCUGUUAAUUGACUUUGGGACCAGGCUAAUGCACGAACGUGCAUGCUAA